UUCUACUGGAAUAAUCUGCAGACGUUUAUCAAAAUGCCUGUAAGCCUCUGUGGUACUUGGGACAUGGUGAGCAAUGUCAACUUAGAGGGAUACAUGAUUGCUUUAGGGAUCGGUCUGUACACCCGCAAGAUUGCCCUGAAGUUAAAACAUCGUAAAGUGAUCGAGCAGGUGGGGGAUCAAUAUGUCGUCAAGACUCUCAGCACCUUCAGAAACUACACUUUCUCCUUCAGAGUCAAUGAGGAGUUCGAAGAGUUCACCAAGGGGCUGGAUGGCAGACACUGCAAGUCUCUGGUGGCAUGGGAGGGGAACAAGUUGGUGUGCAUUCAAAAGGGUGAGAAGAAGAACAGAUUUUGGGCACACUGGAUCGAGGACGACAAACUCCAUUUGGAAUUGCACUGUGAAGAUCAAGUCUGCAAGCAAGUUUUCAAACGGGUUAUUUGAGGUCCUUCUGUGGAGCUUACUGUGAGAAAAGGUGUUUUGAUUUAAACAAAGCAGUUUACACUUCUGAGUCAGAGGAAUAUGAUGCAAGAAGAAGAACCAUGAGUUUCAACUUCUGCCUCAAAGCCUGACUAAUCAAUUGCAUUCAGUGAGAGGCUUGCAGACUGAGCCAUAGCGUCUAUGAGCAUGAUGUAUAAUGCCACUAGAGGGCUCUAUAAGACCACGAACAAACAAAACUCAGGUCAACAGCAGUUUACCCACUGGAAACACUGUACGUUGUCAAUAGUUGUGCCACCAUUGCCUAAUCAUGUUUACAUGUAAUACAAGAACCACAUUCACAGACAUUUUGCAAUCUGUAAUGUGCUUCUGUAUAGGACUGUGCCUCUUUUUGAAUAUUUAAAAAACAUUUUGUAACUGGUUUAGUUGUAUUUUUUUGUUUAUUUUUAUAGCCUUGUUAAGAUUUACAGUUUUGUUUAUGUUACAGCUAAAUAUGCACACUGUGUUCAUUCAGUUACUUGAAUUCAACACCUUGUUCAAUUACUUGAAUGUCCCUUAUUGUGCAAUAAACUUUGAAACAAGUUAUAAUAUACUUUGUGUG